UCGUCGGUCUUACGUUCGGCGUUCGGCUAGUAUACUAGCCGGGUUCUGAAUUCAAUUGAAUCAUCAAUAAUAAGUGCCUCCUUCACCAAACAUAAACAAUUUCUAUCAUAAACAAACUUGAGUUAACAGCUGAGAAUUGGAGAUGACGGCAGUUCACGGAUUUAGUGAUUCCCAAGAAUCAGCACUGUUGGACGAAGCGACUUAUCGCCAAUUGCAAAGCGAAUUGCAGAACGACAGUCCAAUUUACCCGACUCUCUUGAAUGACGACAUCAUGGAAACCGAACAAAAAUGUAAUUUGAUUUACCCUCAAGCGCAACAGGCGAACAUACCAGUUUUGGAUGAAUUUUCUGGAAAAUACAAUUUCCAGAUGAAACUGAAUAAUCAAGGACCUGGAAAACAUUGUGUGUACUCUGAGAUGUUGCAAAAAAUUUUUAUUAACAUGGAGCAAACAUUGUCCCUGAGAUUCGAGUGGGAGCCGUUUGUGGAGGGACUUUGGCUCCGUUCAAGCAUGGUUUUUAGCCAGGAUCAAAAUAGAAGCGAUCCAGUCAAGAGAUGCCACAAUCACAUGGCAUCGACAACAGCGGCUAACGCGGUACACCCUGAAAUCGUCAAGCACGUUGUACGCUGUUUGCAUCCAGGGAGUAUUUACGAGGACCAAGGGAGUCAUUUAUCGGUUAUUACACCACUGGGCAUGCCGCAGGCAGGCUCCGAUUACGUACCGAUGAAUUUUCAGUUUUAUUGCAAGAAUAGCUGCGCAUCCAGUAUGAAUCGACGCGCAACCGAACUCGUAUUUACACUUGAGACUCACAGUGGUGAGAUACUCGGACGUCGAAGAUUGCCGGUUCGCGUUUGUAGCUGUCCAAAACGCGACAAAGAAAAAGAAGAGUCCGAAAAUCGACUAGGACUAGUUCGCGUGCCAAAAAAGCGAAAAAUUAGCGCCCCUGUAGGGAAAAAAGCUAUCAUAUCCGGAAAUAUUGACACCCGCGAGUACGGCGUACAAUUUGUAAUACCAGGGAAAGAAAAUUAUCAGGCGGUAAUGAAAUAUGCCUAUGAUUUAUUGGCCGGCCAAGGAAUACGCACUGGUCAAAUAGAUUAUUUGCGACCUUACCUGGAAGACUUGCAACACAAGAUGCAAUAGCUUUAUCGCCACUGUUAAUAAUACCACUACUUUUAAUAUUUACGUUAAUGAAACUAUUAUUUUGAGACCAGUUUUAUACGAGAUGAUAAUUUAAGUGAAACCUUCAAUGCUCCCGGUGAGAUGUAGGGGCCAUUUAGAAAAGUAGAUUUUACGAGCGGGACCACUAAAGUUUAUGAGGUUUCUUUUUAAGUUUUUUUUUCUACUAUUAAGACAAUCAUGAAUUUAUCCAAUUACAUAAUUAUCAAACUGGAUAAUUAUUUGUAUUUUUAACCGUCAACACGAUGGGAAACUUGCACCAUUCCUAGUUUUUCUUUUGACACAUGUACUCCCGACGAUUCAUCGGUAAAUUAUACAUCAAGAUGUUUUCUUGUAUCAAAAACUGUCUGCUCUCGGUUAAUCAUUUUAAGAAUAUAAUCAUAGUGUUAGAGUCGUCUACCAGAGCCAGUAUCCAUGAAACUAUUUACCCAAUAAUUGACUUCUUUGGGCCAAAUUAUUUCACCUAUUUUAUCAUUGUGCACAUAUUUUUAAUUUAUACAAAAAAAUGUAAAUGUUCUUGACCCGAGACUCUACCGAGUUUCUUGAUUCCUCGAGCGAGAGAUGAUUUUCAAAAUGAUGAAUUCUAGACUGGUAAAAUUUUCAGCAUAAAUUUCCGAAUUGAUUGUAAUUUUUCUCAAAAUCGUUUGCUCAAUAUCCAAGUGCCUUCGACGUAAUAUAAUAUAAUUUUGUACGUCCAUUUUAAUAAUAGAUUUUAAUAAUAAAAUUAUUUUGUGCGAAUAUGAGAAAGUAAGAAUAAAUACGUUCACCAAGUGAUUAUAUUUGAAUAAAUGUAUUGUUACAAUGAAACGACGAGUUGUCGCCAUAGAUAAACUAAAGUAAAUUUUCAAUGAUAUGAAAUUAUAAGUUAUUAGGUUAAUUUACUUAUCGACAAAUAAAGUGAAAAAAAAUUGUUCAUCACCGAA